AUGACCAACCCAUUGUUCAUUAAUCAUUAUCCUAUCCGUUAACUCGACUCCCUCACUCAUCCAAUCCCAAAAAUCUACCUCCAAUGGCGUCUCUCAUCUCCCUCUCUUCUGCUCCUCCUUCCACUCUACUGCCCAUCAACAACAAGCAUUCUCUACUUCACUCCAAUUUCAAAGGAAACCUCAACAAUCUUAGAAAUGGUACCCCUUACAAUUUUGCACAAUUGAAACUUCAUUUAAGAAACAUCAUCAAACAAAGAAAACCUCUUGUAAUUGCAGCUGCCUCUUCAACAGCUGCUCCAAGUAGUGGGUCGGGUUUAGAGACCCGGUUCAGAUUAGAUAACCUAGGACCUCAACCGGGUUCGAGGAAGAAGGGGAAGAGAAAGGGAAGAGGUCAUGCUGCAGGUCAGGGUAAGAGUUGUGGGUUUGGUAUGAGGGGUCAGAAAUCAAGGUCGGGUCCUGGUGUUAUGAAAGGUUUUGAAGGUGGUCAAAUGCCCCUUUACCGACGUAUACCUAAAUUGCGUGGUAUUGCUGGAGGAAUGCAUGCUGGGUUGCCCAAGUAUGUGCCUGUAAACUUGAGAGACAUAGAGGUUGCUGGAUUCAAGGAAGGUGAAGAAGUAACAUUAGAGUCUUUGAAGAAGAAGGGCAUAAUCAAUCCAUCAGGGAGAGAAAGAAGGUUGCCAUUAAAGAUCCUCGGUGAAGGAGAACUAAGUACGAAGCUGAAUAUAAAAGCUCGUGCUUUCUCGGAAUCAGCAAAAGAGAAGCUCGAGGCUGUAGGUUGUUCUGUGACAGUACUACCAGGGAGAAAGAAGUACCUCAAAGAAUCGGUAAGGAAGAACCUUGCUCGUGCAGAAGACUACUUUGCAAAGAAACGAGCUGCGGCUACCAAUGAAACCGAGUCGGCUUGAUUCUGAUCUCAGUUAAGCAACCGACUCGCAAUACAUAUGAUCAUCCAAGAUGUAUGUAUAAUGUAUUAAUUCAUUUUGUUCAUAGUGGUUUGUUGUAGAGCUAAACUUAUGUCCGAGGAAUUCAUGGUUAUGUUGUAAUCUUUAGUUAUAACUAUCAAUUUUGAUGAUUUUUCUUAUCAAUCAAAUCAUUGCAUCAUAA